AUGAAUAUUCUUACUUGGGGUUGUAGAGAUAUAGUUCAAGCAAGUGAUCACUUGGGUGCAAUGUUAAGAGCAUUAGCUUCUAGAUUCUUGUUGAUUUCAUGUCUAUUUAUCUUGGUCUCUGCCACUGACAAUGACUUUGUGAAUUGUAAUUGCGAUGAUGAGGGUCUCUGGAGCAUACAAAACAUUCUAGAAUGUCAGAGAGUGAGUGAUUUUUUGAUUGCAGUUGCCUAUUUUUCGAUACCAAUUGAACUUCUUUACUUUGUUAGCUGCUCCAACUUUCCUUUCAAAUGGGUCCUCCUUCAGUUUAUAGCAUUCAUAGUCCUUUGUGGACUGACACAUUUGCUCAAUGCGUGGACUUAUUAUGGACCACACUCGUUCCAGCUGAUACUGCUCCUCACCAUUGCCAAAUUCUUCACGGCUUUGGUCUCAUGUGCAACUGCCAUAACCCUUUUAACUUUGAUUCCUCUUCUUCUCAAAUGGAAAGUGAGGGAGCUUUUCUUACAGCAAAACGUGUUGGAAUUAGACCAAGAGGUUGGGAUGAUGAAGAAGCACAGGGAAGCCAGUUGGCAUGUUAGAAUGCUAACCCAAGAAAUUAGGAAGUCACUCGAUAAGCAUACGAUAUUGUAUACCACUCUAGUUGAGCUUUCUAAGACUUUGGAUUUGCACAAUUGUGCUGUAUGGAUGCCGAAUGAGAAUAGAACGGAGUUCCACCUCACCUAUGAGUUGAAAGCUAAUUCUCAAAAUUAUCACCUUUCUGUCCCAGUUAAUGAUCCUGAUGUGUUAGAAAUACAAGGUAGCAAGGGGGUCAAGGUUUUGAGGCCCGAUUCAGCACUUGGGGCUUCAAGUGGUGGAGGGUCGGAGGAGUCAGGUGCUGUGGCAGCAAUCCGGAUGCCAAUGCUACCUUUUUCAAAUUUCAAAGGGGGGACACCUGAAUUAGUGGAUACUUGUUAUGCUAUACUGGUUUUGGUUCUUCCAAGUAUGAGUACAAGUUGGAGCUACGAGGAAAUGGAAAUAGUGGAAGUAGUUGCUGAUCAGGUGGCUGUGGCUUUGUCACAUGCAGCAGUUCUUGAAGAAUCACGAGUAAUGAGGGAGAAGCUGAGUGAGCAAAAUCGUGCAUUGCAACAGGCUAGGAAGAAUGCAAUGAUGGCAAGCCAGGCAAGGAACUCAUUUCAGAAAGUGAUGAGCCAUGGGAUGAAGAGACCAAUGCACUCAAUCUUGGGCUUGCUUUCUAUGUUCCAAAACGAUGAUACGGGCUUCGAGCAAAGGAUUGUUAUUGACACAUUGGUCAAAACCAGCAAUGUGCUUUCAACUUUGAUUAAUGAUGUGAUGGAGAUUUCAGCAGAAGAUACUGGUAGGUUCCCUUUAGAGAUGAGGCCCUUUCGUCUACACUCCAUGAUCAAGGAAGCUUCUUGCCUUGCCAAGUGCUUGUGUGUGUAUAAAGGUUUUGGUUUUGAGCUUGAUGUUCAGAGUUCUUUGCCUGAUUUAGUGAUAGGAGAUGAAAGAAGGGCCUUUCAAGUUAUUCUACAUAUGGUUGGAUAUCUUUUAAACAUCUAUGAUGGAGGGGGAAAUGUUGUAUUUCGGGUUUUUUCAGACAGUGGUAGUGAAGGCAAGACAGAUAGAAUGUUGGGGAUGUGGAAACCAAAUGCUCCAGAUGAGUUUGUAUGUAUAAAGUUUGACAUGGAGAUCAGAGAGGGAAGUUCUCUAUCAGAUGGAGCUAGCUCAACCACAAAUGCUUCUGGUAGGAGGCAAAACAGUGCUGAAGUUAAGGAGGGUCUCAGCUUCAGCAUGUGCAAAAGGCUUGUACAGGUGAGGCAUAACAAAUUAUUUUAUCUAUGUAGACUACACAUAUGGCAUUCUUUGUUAAUUAUUGCUGCAUUAUUGUGA